AUGUCUCACUAUCCUCCCCCCGGCGGCCCACCACCUUACGGUGGUUACCACCCACCUCCCGGGGUUGCCUAUGUGCCAGCGCCGGUGAUGAUGCCCAUGUACCCUCCCCCCGCGUUCCCUUACCCCCCCGCUUACCCGCAACCACAGCCGCAACCACCUCAGCCAGAACCAGUACAGGUUGUUGACAAUACACCACCACCGCCAGCAGAACCAGAAAUUGAUUGGGUAUCAGCUACAACUCAUACUGCGGAAUCUUUAACUAACCGCGUAUUUGUUACUGGGCGGGAGGGCUGGGACGGUAGCCCUCUCUGGACCAUCAGAGCACACCACAACGGAAACCUCGUGCCUGGCAAGCUGGCUGUCGUCCACAGAGCUGCCUAUAUACCUUUUGCUGGGCGGGAAAUACGUGUUCAUGAUUUUGAGGUUUUAGUUGCAAAUCCAAACAAAGUGAGAUGGAUUCCAGCCAGCAAUGGACAAGUCCCGUCUGGAGCGAUAACGGCUGGCAAUACUCAUACAGGGGAACCUCUAUACAUCGCGCGCGUGAGACACAGAGGCUCUAUAACGCCCGGAAAGGUUCAUCCUAGUCAUGGCUGUUGCUAUAUUUCUUUUGACGGAUCGGAGAUAAACUACAAAAAUUACGAAGUCCUUUGUGAAGUUGGCAGCUAUGGUGGAAUAAGGCCACUGUAA